GCCAUAACGGCACCUACUCGCACUAAAUGCAUUAUUCAUCUUUCCAUGGCUCCCUCUAGCUGGGGAGCACACAAGCGCGGGCCUUUUACAGCUAUUCCUAGCUCGGCGCCUGGCGCUCGCUACAAAAUGCGCAACUCAAACACGGAUGUUACAUAUUCACUGCUAGGCUCACGCUUGGUGCAAGUUAUAGUUGCAGGGCUCCUUGUCUUCGGGCUCCUUGCCUUCGGUGGUUGGCGUGCCUCAACCGUGACCCAGCAGAGCUCGGGCGCACGCGCAGCCUGGCUGCCGGGGGCAUCAGACACGGACGAAGGCAGGAUCCGCCAGCGCGCCACGGCCGCCGUGCUGGGGGCCCUGGUUGCCGACGCCGCAACCAUGGCACUGCACUGGAUCUACGACACGGACAAGAUCCAGGAUCUGUUGUCCCGCCACGGCCGCCGGGACGAGCCCGCUUUUUUCGAGCCGCCCUCCUGCCCGUACUACGAGUACGACAGCGGCUCCUUCUCGCCGUACGGGGACGAGCUACUGCCCGUACUGCAGUACAUGGCGGACCAGGAGCGCGGCACGCUUGACGGCCCUGGGUUCGCCGAGUACCUGGCUGCCUACUACCGCAACUACACCGGCCGCCUCAACAAGAGCAGCAAGGCCAUGAUGGAGGCAGUGCUGCAGGGCGGUCGGAAAUGGCCAGAGUGCGGCGACCCACGAGAUACGCAGGCUAAUAACUUUGUGAAGGUCAUUCCCAUCGUAGCACGCUACGCCGGCCGGCCGGGCCUGGCGCAAGCUGUGGACGCGGCCGUGCGGGCGCAGCAGAACAAUGGAGAGGCAGUGGAGCUGGCGUGGGCGGCGGCGCUGGUGCUGGAGCAGGUGGUACUGGGGCACAGCAUCGCCGCCGCCGUGGAAUGGGUGGCUGGCGGCGCACCCGGUAGCCACCGGCCCGUGUCCAAGUCCGUCUUGCAAGCGCUGGGGUCGGUGGUGGAACACCGGCGCAGCAACACCGCACUCCGAGACCUGCUGUACGCGCCGGGGUCGGCCUCCAAGCCCGGGGACUGGGGGCCAUCAUGCGCCAACCCGGGGGCGCUCAAGGGAGCCCUGCUGGGCGCGGUGCAGGCGUCGGGUCAGCCGGCCCGCGGGAGCAGGGCCAAGGCCGCCUCGGGCAGUAGCAGUAGCAGCAGCAGCAGCAGCAGUAGCGGCGGCGGGAAGGCGGGCAGUGGUGCCUUUGCUCGCGGCGUGCGGGCCAACCUGCUGCUGGGAGGUGACAACUGCAGCCGCGGUGUGCUGCUGGGGGCGCUCCUCGCCGCCGAGGGCGGCCUGGUCUCUAUCCCUUCGGCUUGGCGUGCCAAGACGCGCGGCUUGGCGCAAGCCGAGGUGCUGACGGAGCAAUUAUUGGACAGCCGGGGCGGCAGUGUGGCGGCGGCGGCGUAGGCAGCGGCGGGCUGGGGUUUUGCUGCCGAUCAGGCGGUGUGUGGAGCAGGGGGCGGUGGGACAGGGGGCGUUGCAGGGGGCGGGCGGUUCAUCUUGCGCAGAAAGCUUGCGUUGGUGAAUCAACGAUCUAUUUGCGGGUGAGGGGGGGACAGGAGCGCUUUAAGCGAAGAACGGUGU